AUGGAGCGGGUUUUGCGCCUUGCCUUGGUAUUGUUGGCUUCAGUGAGUAUUUUACUCGAUGGAACCCAUUUUCGUGGUGGUAUCAUUUCAUGGCGUCCGUUAAAUAGUACAGUACAGGGUAAUUUUACAACAAUUCUUUUACAUCAAAGAUAUUUUUGGUGGAGAAAUUAUAGCGGUUUUCCUCGACCUUUAUGCACGGAAGCGAAUGUCGUUGCUCAAACACUUAUUACUGUAUCCGGUGCUGUUUUGAAGUGUAUGAAGAACUGCGCAAGUUCUAACUUUUCUUCAGGUGGAAUUCCAGCCAAUAUGAAAACUUCAGAUUGUGAUCCAAACCCGCUCAUUGAAUCAUGGGGUGGUGAACUCUACACUAAUCUGACACUACCUUUGACAACAGACAUUACAAUUGGCUAUAACGCAAGUCAAUGGCUGAGUGCACUCUGGAAAGGUAAUAGUACUUCUUGGUCAAUUGUCAAUCGACUGAAUCUCGCUCCGAGACCUGAUGGUUACAUAAAUUCCAGUCCUGUUUCAACUACAUUACCAGUAGUAAUGUACCCAAGAAAUGUACCAAUAGUUCAUGCUGUACAAAUGUCAGAUAAUGAUAAUGGUGAUAAAUUACUAUGCCGUUGGUCUAAUUCGAAUCAAACAUAUAAUUACGACCAAGUUGAUGAAUGUGAAGGUGUCUGCCAUGGACUGCCUCCGCCAUAUGGACUCGUCGCACCCAAUUGUACUUUGACUUUCACUCUACCAUAUGCUAAUAUAUAUUAUGCCUGUGCACUGCAAAUCGAAGAUUAUUAUCCCACUACUUUCGGUAGCAACGUGCCCCCAAUGAGUUCGGUUCCAGUACAAUUCUUAUUUUAUGCAUACAAUAUUGCAGCUGGUGCAUGCGCAAAUGCUCCUUCAAUUAUUGGUGUCCGUCCAAAUCUAGCUUGCAUUGGCGUUCCAUAUAAUGUUCAGCUCAAUGAAACUGUAGAGAUACAAACAUACUGUCCAGGUCAAACAAUUAUUGAUUUGGUUACUAGUUCACCUAUUGGAAUGCAACAUAGUGCUAUUAGCAAUCCAAGUCCUGGUUUAUGGAUAAUGACAUUAACAUGGACACCCGUAUCAGACCAAAUAGGUCCUCAAGGUUUUUGUGCUGGUGCAAUUGACAAUAGUAGUUUACAAUCAGCUCCAUGGUGUAUCACAUAUCUAGUUGGCUAUGACUCACC